CCAAGCCGGAUUUCACCAAUGCCAUGAGCGGUGACGAUGGGGCCUUGCCCGGCGUUGUCCGUAGCGAUGGCCACACGUGUGAACAUUUUCGUCAACAAGAUCCUUGACGACCUCUUCCCUCCCCUCUCUCCUCCCAACCACUUCCUCCCCCCCCACUGUCCGUCACAGCGUCGACAUCAUGGCGCUCAACCCCGACGCUCUUAACCUCAACUAUGACAGUGAUGACUCCAUGCAGGUCGACUCUGAAAAUGAACAAGUCAACAACAUUCACACUCCUGUCGAUAAUGUUCAAGAUGCAGACGCAGAUGCCGAUGGUGAUGCAGAGGAUGUCGAUGAUACUACCUCUGUUGCUAUUGCUGAGCCAUCCUUCGUACACUCCAAAGGACUCGACAAUGUCGGGGACGAGGAUGAUGACGAGGACGACGGCUCCUACGCUGACGACGAAUACGGUAAAAAGAAAACUCCCAAGAAGAGAAAGAAGAAAUCCCAACCGUCGUCGUCGGCACCAAGACCUAAAGCCAUAUCUCGGAACAACGACUCAGAUUCAGACUCAGAGUAUGGGUCCAGAUCGAAAAAGAAGAAACGGCCUCGUGUUUCUGGAGACGAAAUCCGCGUCUCUAGCCGAGGCGGCAAGAUUCCCAAUUAUACUGAUGAUGUUCAAGCUCUUGCUGAGCUAUCAGAAGAGGAAGUCGAUGAAGGGUACUACGUCGAUACGUCUGCGGGAUUCAAGGAGGAAGAUGAGAUCGAGUCUGUUUUGAGUCACUGCAGAGAUGAAGGUCGUGAAGAUGAUCCUGAAGAUAUAUGGUUUGAUAAUGUUCGUUUCCACAUUAAGUGGAAGAAUUUCUCGCAUCUGCAUAACACAGAUGAGACCUACGAAUUCCUCAAACGCUUCAAGGGCCUCAAGCGCGUCGACAACUAUAUCAAAGCCUACAAGAUGUACCAGUCUCGCCUCAAUGCGCCAGGCAUCUCCCAAGAAGAUGCUGAGGCCUUGCUUCUUGAAAAGGAACGCGAGAAGGAGGAGCUCGAGACGUACAAGGUUGUUGAACGCAUCGUCUCGCAUCGCGAUAGUUCAGAGGGCCCCACGGAGUACUUCUGCAAAUGGACCGGACUCAAUUACGAGCACUGUACAUGGGAGGCGCAGGAUGAAGUGCGCCCUAUCGCCAAAGCGCAAAUUGAGGCGUAUCGUCACCGAGAGGUCGAGGCAAAGUUCCCUUACAAGAGCGUCAGUUAUGCGCGUAAUCAGCGACCAACAUUCCAGAAGAUUGAGAAGGACCCUGAGUACAUCACCGCGACCGGUGGAGAGCUGAAGGACUUUCAGGUCACCGGACUCAACUGGCUGGCAUAUUUGUGGAGUAAGGGCGAGAAUGGCAUCCUUGCUGAUGAAAUGGGUCUCGGAAAGACCGUUCAGACCGUCUCUUUCCUUUCUUAUCUUUUCCAUGAAAUGCACCAAUAUGCGUGGGCGCCUGAUCUGAACGUCAUCACCUACAUAGGAACUGCCCCUGCACGCGAGGUCAUUCGGACGUAUGAAUUCGGACCCUCCAACAAACGACUGAAGAUGAACGUCCUACUAACCUACACGCGAAGGAACUUGCGGACUAUCAAGUGGCAGGCGCUUGCUGUGGACGAGGCUCAUCGACUCAAGAACUCGGAAAGCCAGCUGUACGAGGCUCUGCGGUCCUUCCCUGCUGCGUCGAAGCUAUUGAUCACCGGUACGCCGCUGCAAAAUAAUGUGAAAGAACUGCUUUCAUUGAUGCACUUCCUGAUGCCUGAGAAGUCCAAGAUCAAGGAGCUGCAUGAACAACUCGAGUCGCUUAUGCUCCGCCGGCUGAAACGCGACGUCCUUACCUCCUUACCGACAAAGAGUGAACGCAUCCUUCCGAGUAGAAAUAACAUCUUGACAAAGAACUUCCAAGGUUUAGUGAAGAGCGCAAACGGGAACAACAACAUCAGCCUCUUGAACAUUGCCAUGGAGCUGAAAAAAGCUGCGAACCACCCUUAUCUUUUCGACGGUGCCGAAGUGCGCACUGAUGUUACCGACGAGACCCUCAAGGGCCUGGUCAUGAACAGCGGCAAGAUGGUUCUACUCGACAAGCUCCUCGCACGUCUGCGACAGGAUGGUCAUCGCGUACUCAUUUUCAGUCAAAUGGUCCGGAUGUUAGACAUCUUGAGCGAUUAUAUGAAUCCUCCGCGGAUACCAACAUCAACGAAAAGAUCAAUAGCGCAUUUCAACUCACCAGGAUCACCGGACUUCGCUUUUCUGUUAUCAACCCGUGCAGGCGGUCUUGGUAUCAAUCUAGAGACUGCCGAUACUGUCAUUAUUUUUGACAGCGACUGGAAUCCUCAAAAUGACUUGCAAGCCAUGGCACGUGCACAUCGUAUCGGGCAGAAGUCUCAUGUCAGCGUCUACCGUUUUGUCAGUAAAGACACGAUGGAGGAGGACGUCCUCGAACGGGCCAAGAAGAAGAUGGUCUUGGAGUAUGCUAUCAUCAAUCAAAUGGAUACUUCGCAAGCGCACCUGAGCUCCAACCCCAAGGGCGAGAAGGUCAAGGAUUCUAUGAAACCUGACAAUCUUAGCAAAGAUGAGCUUACUGCAGUUUUGAAAUAUGGCGCUCAGAAGAUCUUGACUGAGAUGGACUUGGACGACAUUCUCAACCGCUUCCUCGCUCAAUUCGCUGCUGUGAGCGACGUGAAGAACGACAUGAAUUGGGAAGACAUUAUCCCUGCCGAGGAACGACAAAAGUUCGAGAAAGAGGAGGAUCAGCGGAAGGCUGAGGAGCUGGUCGCGGCGGAACUUAGAGAUCGCAAGCGCACCCAUGCGCCUGUGUCCUAUGAGGGCAUGGACGUCGAUCAUCCAGCACCUGCACUUGCACCAAAGAAACCCAAAACUCCAGGACCUCAGAGGAAGACUGCUAGUCAGAAGGCUAUGGAGCUCAAAGAGCGAGACGUCCGUGUUCUUAUUCGAAGUUUACAGCGUUGGGGCGAUAUCCGUCAGCGCUACGAUGUCAUUGUCAAUGAAUCUAAACUUGCUGACAAGCACAAGGGUAUGAUCAUGGACGUUUCUGAUGAGAUCAUCGAAGUUUGUUCGCAAGCUGUGGAGCAGAACAACCAGGAAAAGCGGGAUCGUGUAGCGGCAGGAGAGACCUUGACCAACGCCCAGAAGAGCAAGGCUGUUCUCGUUACUUUCCGCAACGUCGGGAACAUCAACGCGGAGACCGUGCUAUCGCGGUACCGUGACCUUCGCAUCCUUAACAACAUCCUGGGCGAGUUCACCACGGAAGAGCUCUACAAUUGGUCCAUUCCGAUUGAAAACAUCAGACCAACCCUCAACUGGUCUGGGCGAUGGGGACCACAAGAGGAUGCGAUGCUCCUUAUUGGCGCCUUCAUAUAUGGAUUCGGCAACUGGGAGGCCAUGGCGAAGGAUGCUCGGUUAGGCCUCCAAGGCAAAUUCUUCUUGGAAGAAGGCAAGAAGGGGGAAGAUGCCACUACUCGGCCGAUUCCAAAUGCUAUCCACCUCGUCCGGCGAGGUGACUUCCUCCUUGGCCUACUUCGCGAGCAUGACGAGAAGCUACGUUCGUACGAGAGCUCUUUGCGGAAUAAGGGUCAAUUGAAGGUUUCUGCCACUCCUCCCCCAACAGCUGUGGCGUCGUCGUCGUCGUCGUCACCUCCCAUGAGCCGGAAACGGCGGGCGGAGAGUGAGGCCGUUGCAUCCAUCGAUGAUGGUGCGAAGCGCCGCAAGAGACGACCCACUCCCACCUUCACGGACUCCGAAUCGUCGGACGAAUGCCCGUCCAUGGAUGAGGCUGCGACGAAAGAAGAGUUGAGACCGGUCAAGAAGCAGCUGAAACAAUUAAAAUUGUCCGGGGAGGACAUGCCUCGCGACGACAAGGUUGCCAUUCUGAAAGACUCACUAGCUGCUAUUGGACGACGCAUCGAGAUUGUUCUUCAGAAUAAACAAGCCGCUGGAGAGGACCGAGAACGGUGGCGUCGACAUCUCUGGGCUUUUGUGACGCUUUUCUGGCCUAAGAAAGUCAAAGCGUCCAAAUUAGAGGAUAUUCAUGCCAAGAUGGUGAUGAAGGAAGCUGCGCCACGAGCGUCAGCGGAAGCUUCGACCUCUGCCAAGAAACCUCGCCCCAGUACAGGCGGCAAGAGCAAUGGCGCACCAUCUGGCACCGCGACGAAAACAAAUGGCAAAACCCACCGAUAGUACCUGAUUAAUAUUUUGCUCAUACUCACUCUUAUGCUUUGGAUCUUACCCCGUUCUUGUUUUCACGCUCUCUGGCUGUCACCGUUAACCUUUAAGUCAAGUAGCAAUAUUCCCCAGCUGCACAGCUCUUUUAUCUUUUAUGACAUGUAUCAAUUACAUUCUCGAUCAACACGAAAUUUUUGAUUUUCGAAA